GAGUCUGGACCUUUUAACUCAACUGGUCGUCGGAGAUCAGACACAGAACUCAGAUAGAUGGCCAGAAAAGGACAGAAGAGAGGGAGGGCUUGUGUGGUGGUGUUGGGUGACAUUGGGCGCAGCCCACGUAUGCAAUACCAUGCUCUUUCUCUUGCUCGUCAGGCAUCUUUGGAAGUGGAUAUUGUUGCAUAUGGAGGUUCUGAACCCCAUUCUGCUGUGUUGGAGCAUCAAUCUAUUCACAUACACAAAAUGCCGCAGUGGCCAGCAGUCCCCAGUGGUCUACCCAACAUAUUUAAACCCUUUGUGCUUUUGUUGAAGCCAGUGUUUCAAUUUCUUGUGCUUCUUUGGUUCCUUUGCGUUAAGAUAUCUGCUCCUGAUGUUUUUUUAGUUCAGAAUCCACCUUAUGUUCCAACCUUAGUGGCUGUAAAAUGGGCAAGCUGGCUUAGGCAAUCUGCAUUUAUAGUUGAUUGGCAUAAUUUUGGAUAUACUUUACUGGCAUUGUCUCUUGGAAGAAGUAGUCGAUUUGUCGCGAUAUACCGUUGGGUUGAGAGGCAUUUUGGAAGGAUGGCAGAUGGUUCAUUAUGUGUAACAAGGGCAAUGCAACAUGAACUGUCUCAAAAUUGGGGUAUUAAAGCAACAGUUCUAUAUGAUCAGCCUCCUGAGUUUUUCCGUCCCACUUCACUUGAAGAACAGCAUAAGUUGUUCUGCAGAUUAUAUAAAAAUCUUAGGCAGCCACUCGGUGUUGAAGAUUGCAUAAGCACUGGGGAAGUAGCGGAUAAGGACAUGAAUGAGACACUGUUUACCACCCUGGUUGGUGCUGAAAUUACUUUAAAGCCAAACCGACCGGCUCUGAUAGUUAGCAGUACAAGCUGGACUCCUGAUGAAGAUUUUGGCAUUCUCCUGGAAGCAGCUGUCAUGUAUGACAGGCGUGCUGCUGCUAUUUUAAAUGAAGACGAUUCUAAGAAAGAAGAGGUUCUUUGGAAGGAAAUGAGAAGUGGGACAGAAUACUUGUAUCCAAGACUGUUAUUUGUCAUUACAGGUAAAGGGCCUGAAAAAGAAAAGUAUGAAGAAAAGAUUAGAAGACUAAAACUCAAACGGGUGGCAUUUCGUACUGCGUGGCUAUCAGCUGAAGACUAUCCACUGCUUCUGGGAUCAGCAGAUCUUGGUGUUUGCUUACACACUUCGUCAUCAGGGUUGGAUCUUCCCAUGAAGGUUGUGGACAUGUUCGGUUGUGGACUGCCAGUUUGCGCUGUUUCUUAUUCAUGCAUCAAGGAACUAGUGCAAGUGGAGAAAAACGGUCUUCUCUUUUCAUCAUCUUCAGAGCUAGCUGAUGAACUUUUGAUGCUGCUCAAGGGUUUUCCAGAUGCUUGUGAUUCAUUGAAGGUUCUGAGGAAUGGUGCACUAGACAUGUCUUCGUCUGUGAGGUGGGCUACUGAGUGGGAAGAGCAUGCCAAAGGAUUAAUCUUAAAGGUUAUCUCUGAAACUUAGGCGGAUCACUGGUCACUGUUGACAAGCUUGAUAAAUGAGGAAGACCAAGAUACAUUAUAAAACCACCUUGGACUAUGUAUGGGGAAUUUCAAACUUUGUACACGACUUUCAAAACGUUAUGAGAUGUACCAGUUUUAUAUUUACAGAAACUCAAAUCACAAAUUUGCUUCCCCAGUCGUUUACUACAUCAAUGAUUUGAUGAACUCUGCACAUUCAUAGCUUGUAAAAGAUAAUAACCAGCUAUGGGAUCGAAGUCUAAAGGUUACACAUUUCCCUU